AUGUCUGUGCCCAGAGGGCAUUUGAUAGACUCCAUUACCCGGCAGCGGAGGGGCGGCCGUGGCAGCAGCUCUUGUCAGCUUCUGAUUGCGCUGCCCGCCGUCCUCCUUCUCCUCUUCCCCGUGGCGGCGGUCGGCAAGGCGGCCAAGCCUCGGGCGCCGGGUCACCAGCACCUCAACUCCAUCCGCAUCGACGGCGACAUCUCCCUGGGCGGCCUGUUCCCCGUGCACGCUCGCGGCCACGACGGCAAGGCCUGCGGCGAGCUGAAGAAGGAGAAGGGCAUCCACCGGCUGGAGGCCAUGCUCUUCGCGCUGGACCGCAUCAACAACGACAACGAGCUGCUGCCCAACAUCACGCUGGGCGCGCGCAUCCUGGACACGUGCUCGCGCGACACCCACGCCCUGGAGCAGUCGCUCACCUUCGUGCAGGCGCUCAUCGAGAAGGACGGCACCGACGUCAAGUGCCUGAGCGGCGGGCCGCCCAUCAUCACCAAGCCCGAGCGCGUGGUGGGCGUCAUCGGGGCCUCGUCCAGCUCCGUGUCCAUCAUGGUGGCCAACAUCCUGCGUCUCUUCAAGAUUCCCCAGGUGAGCUACGCCUCCACGGCUCCGGAGCUGAGCGACAACACUCGCUACGACUACUUCUCGCGCGUGGUGCCGCCGGACACCUAUCAGGCGCAGGCCAUGGUGGACAUCGUCAAGUUCAUGCGCUGGAACUACGUGUCCACCGUGGCCUCGGAGGGCAGCUACGGUGAGAGCGGGGUGGACGCCUUCAUACAGAAGUCAAGGGAGGACGGAGGAGUGUGCAUCGCCCAGUCGGUGAAGAUUCCUCGGGAGCCCAAACUGGCAGAGUUCGAUAAAAUCAUAAACAGACUCAGGGACAACCCCAAUGCUCGGGUGGUUGUUUUAUUCGCAAGCGAAGAUGAUAUUAGACAACUCCUGCAGGCGGCCAAGAAUGCUAGCAGAGCCGGUCACUUUAUUUGGAUAGGGUCUGACAGCUGGGGGUCAAAGAUAUCCCCGGUGUUACAUCAGCAAGAGAUGGCGGAGGGAGCCAUCACCAUUCUGCCCAAGCGUCAGCCCAUCAAAGGAUUUGAUCGCUAUUUUAUCAGCCGGACCCUGGACAACAACAGAAGAAAUAUCUGGUUCGCUGAGUUUUGGGAGGAUAAUUUCCAGUGCAAACUCAGCCGGCAUGCCCUGAAGAAAGGAUCAGGCAUCAAGAAAUGCACAAAUCAUGAACGGAUUGGGAAAGACUCUCAUUACGAACAAGAGGGCAAAGUGCAGUUUGUUAUUGAUGCCGUCUAUGCUAUGGCCCAUGCCUUGCACAACAUGCACAAGGAGCUUUGCCCAGGGAGGGUUGGCCUCUGCCCAGCGAUGGAAACCAUUAACGGCUCCAUGCUUCUCAAGUACAUCCGCAAAGUCAACUUCACAGGUAUUGCUACCGUUCCUGUUGUCUUCAAUGUGAAUGGAGAUGCCCCUGGACGUUAUGAGAUCUUCCAGUAUCAGAUAAGGAAUCACACCAAAGAAUACAAAGUCAUCGGGAAUUGGACAGAUCAGCUGAAUUUAAAUGUCGAAGACAUCCGAUGGCCUGGAGGUUCCCUCGAGGUCCCCACCUCGAUCUGCAGCCAGCCGUGCCGCCCGGGCGAGCGCAAGAAGUCGGUGAAGGGCAUGCCGUGCUGUUGGCACUGCGAGCGCUGCGACGGCUACCAGUACCUGGCCGACACGCACUCCUGCAAGAUGUGCCGCUUCGACCUGCGGCCCAACGAGAACCACACGGCGUGCCAGGCCAUCCCCAUCAUCAAGCUGGAGUGGAGCUCGCCGUGGGCGCUCAUCCCCGUCUUCAUCGCCAUCCUGGGCAUCUCGGCCACCUUCUUCGUGGUGGUCACCUUCGUGCGCUACAACGACACGCCCAUCGUCAAGGCGUCCGGCCGCGAGCUGAGCUACGUGCUGCUGACGGGCAUCUUCAUGUGCUACGCCACCACCUUCCUGAUGAUCUCCACGCCCGACGUGGGCGUCUGCUCGCUGCGCCGCAUCUUCCUGGGCCUGGGCAUGAGCAUCAGCUACUCGGCGCUGCUGACCAAGACCAACCGCAUCUACCGCAUCUUCGAGCAGGGCAAGAAGUCGGUGAGCGCGCCGCGCUUCAUCAGCCCGGCCUCGCAGCUCGUCAUCGCCUUCAGCCUGAUCGCCGUGCAGCUGCUGGGCGUCUGCGUCUGGUUCGGCAUGGACCCGUCGCCGCUGGCCAUCAUCGACUACGAGGACCAGCGCACGGCCAACCCGCUGCUGGCGCGCGGCGUGCUCAAGUGCGACAUCUCGGACCUGUCGCUCAUCUGCCUGCUCGGCUACAGCAUGCUGCUCAUGGUCACGUGCACGGUGUACGCCAUCAAGACGCGAGGCGUGCCCGAGACUUUCAACGAGGCCAAGCCCAUCGGCUUCACCAUGUACACCACGUGCAUUAUCUGGCUGGCGUUCAUACCCAUCUUCUUUGGGACCUCACAGUCAGCAGAAAAGCUGUACAUUCAGACGACCACGCUGACCAUCUCGGUGAGCCUGAGUGCCUCCGUGUCCCUGGGGCUGCUCUACAUGCCCAAGGUGUACGUGGUGCUCGUCCACCCGGAGCAGAACGUGCCCAAGCGCAAGCGCAGCCUGAAGGCAGUGGUCACCGCCGCCGCCAUGUCCAACAAGUUCACUCCCAAGGGGGGCCUCAGACCCAACGGGGAGGCCAAGUCUGAGCUGUGCGAGAGCUUGGAAACACAAGCUUUGUCUUCAAAGCAAACGUACAUCAGCUACAGUAACCACGCCAUCUAA